UCCAUUAAUGUCAGAAAUUCUAAGAAUAAGUUGUCAUAUUCUCUUCACUCCUUCAAAAAAAUAUUUCAGGAAUAUGUGACCCUCCAUAACUUGGAAGGAUGAAAACUUCUCGGUCCAUUUUGAAUGACAGGACGAAGAAGAAAUCUGCUUUUCAUAAAAUUUGUACGUAUGACCAUCCAACACCUUACUUCGGAAGUGAAGAACUUAACAGAUAUGAAUUUAGUCACAUAAAAACCCCUCCGCAACAGUUAGUGUUUCACAAGGAAGAAAUAAGACCGACUCCCAUCUCUCUACCAACACCACCAGCCUCUCCAGAGUUCUGGGGUACAUCUUUGCAGAAAUGGUAUCAGAAAAAACCGCUCUUUACGUUAACCGCCAAGGGUCAAGUUAAGAGACUCGAAAAAUAUCUCGAGAUACAAAAAACAUUGGAAAUGUGCAAGAGGGAGCACGAAUUCCAAGUACACACUGAAAAUAUGAAGAAAGCCUACUUGGAUUUUGAAUUCAGGGAGCACCAACCGCUUCUAUACGAAGACAAGGAUGUUUGUUGUGUAUGCCCUUGUAAUUCUUCAAGAAGACACGAUGUUGAUUUCAUACCUGUCGACUAUAUAUCAUGUUCGCCACCUAAUCCGAAACUUUGUAUAUGUUACGAUGAAGACGAGGAAAAGAAGGAAAAUAAUGAACAAUUCCAAGACACCCAUAAACCAACCACUACAAGAACAUCACCCAAUGGAGUCGAUAAUUUCGAAAUCUACCCAUCUUUCAGAAAAACUUCCGGUUUUAUUGAAGAAGAAAGGAUAAUCCCAACAAAAAUUAUAAAAGAGGGCGAAAAAGAUCCUGAUGAUCGAGGGAUAUACAAAGUUAUUGUGAAAAAUAAGGAAAUACCUCGAAUUCCCAGUGCCAGAUAUGUGAUGAAACUUUACGAUAAUAAGAACUACGAAUCAGAUGAACAAGUUUACCAUAUGAUUACCGAUCAAUUGAACGCUUUUCAUGGAAUGCCAAAUAACACAGACGACUUCAAGUCUGGACUAUCCAAAAUAAACGUAGGUAAUAUUUCUCUUCCUUUCGAUCAAAAGAACAACCGAUGUGGAGUAACAAGGAGUCGCUAUAGUUCGAAAAGAUCUUGUCCUAGUUGCCAAUGUUGCCACAGUGCUGAGCUAAAAAAGACGUCUGGUGUUCAAGAAAAAUAUGACUUUAACGAAAACGAAAUACCCUAAACUUAAAAUUUUUUUCUCUGAUCCUUACAAAAAAAUUCAUAAAUUAGUACUUUUUGUUACCUGCCAAUUAGAACCAUUUCUCACCUUUAGAUUCAUAAUGAAGGUGAUGCCAUGCCACCAUAGUGAAUAUUAUAUCGGAAAUUUCAUUAAUUCUGUUGUAACUAAGAAGCUGUUUCCUCAAAAUUUUUAUACAGCUGAAAAUGUUAAUUACGAUCCUAUUAUUGUUAAAUACUUUCACAAAACUCAGAUGAAUGAUAUUAUAAAAGUAAAUUCGUAAUAUUAGAAGCUCUUCCUGGGUAGAACCUAUUCCUCCGCCAUUUUGUAAUACAGGUUGCUAAUUUUUAAAUUUAUUAUUAUUUUUUCACAGAAACAGAAAUAUUUUGCAGGACUUUUCUUCAGAUUUGAUAAUCGAAAGUUGAAACAGAAAACAAAGCAAAUUUUGCAUUUUUGCAUAUUGUGCCAUCUAUUAUAAAAAGAGCUGUAAUUCAUGAAAUAAAAACUUCUGCUAAAAGCCAUCAAUUCCAAAUAU